AUGACAGUGGCCAACGGGAAAACGUACCCACUGCCCCAGAAGAAGUCUGGCGUACUUGACUCCAGCUUCAAAUUCGAAGAGACGACUCCUGUUAUCGGUCGCGAAUACCCAACUCUGAACCUUGUUGAUGACGUUAUCAACUCUGCCAAAGCCGAUGAGCUUAUUCGGGAUCUUGCCAUUACCAUCUCUGAACGCGGCGUUGUGUUUUUUCGUGCACAAAACAAUCUCACGGAUGAUUUGCAAAAGAACCUCAUACUGCGUCUAGGUCAAUUGACCGGCAAGCCCGCUGAUUCGACACUGCACAUCCACCCAGUCCUCAACAACACGUCCGAGUUUGGCGUUACCGACGCCCAGAUAAGCACCAUAAACUCUACUGAGAUAAAGCAGAACUUCAGUCAGGGAUACGAAGGCAGGAAAAGCAGUCAUCGCCACUAUGGUGCUGCGCAGUGGCAUUCGGAUAUCCAGUUCGAGCCAGUUCCAGCAGACUACACGUCUCUGCGUCUGACGCAGCUUCCAAAGACAGGAGGAGAUACUUUAUGGGCAUCUGGUUAUGAGAUGUAUGAUCGCUUUUCGACAGCUUAUCAGAAGUUCUUCGAAGGCCUGACGGCUACAUUUGCCGGGGACGGGCUCAUUAGAGCCGCUGAAGCAAAUCCAGAUGUAGUCAAGAUCUACGAGAAGGAGCGCGGCAGCCCCAAGAACGUGGGCAGAUCCUUGACUGCGGUUCAUCCCGUGGUACGCACGAACCCGGUGACGGGCUGGAAGAGCAUCUUCGCGCUUGGACCGUUUCCCAAGUACAUCAACGAGCUCAACGUCGAAGAGUCAGACGAGUUACUGAAGAGAUUCCGCUCGGUCAUAACGGAAAACCAUGAUUUGCAGGUGCGCUUUAAGUGGAGGAACGCCAAUGACCUCGCGAUCUGGGAUAAUCGCAGUGUUUUCCAUAGCGCGACUAACGACUAUGACAACCUGAGUGAGCGUUCUGGAAAUCGUGCCGUAGGAAUUGGCGAGGUGCCGUAUCUAGAUCCCCACAGUCAAUCUAGGACGGAGGCUUUAGCAGGGGGACUGUGAAUUUGGAGGGAUAUGAUGAUAAUAGCGAUGCCGAGAGAGAGCCCGUGAUGGCGUAUGUAGCAUCGCUGGAACCAUAGAAGUAUCCUUAGCGCACUGCAUUGGUCAGAUGAUAGAUGGAUGAGGACAGUCAUGUUCGAGUGUCAUGGAUAUAUAGCAACUCUGGUCGCGUAUGAAGGUGCUACUCCUCGUCAUUACCCACCUUGAGUGCCAAUACUAUUAAUCUCGUACUUCUUGAGAUAU